GAAUAACCGGAAAUGAUUUGACCGGAUAAAAUAAGGAAGGAAAAGCAGCGGGAGAAAAGAAGCGAUGGUGAACUUGUGACGCGUCUCCUGUUUGUCGGCUAAAAGCUGCGUUUGUUUACCAUCUGUGUUAUUGGGGCUGUUGCAUUAAAUGGAGUUGAUUUAAAUCAGUCAUGGCUGAGGAAUCAGGAGAGGAAAUCCAGCUACUCAGAAGUCAGAAGCCAAAGCUUAUAGAAAUCCUAAGUGCCGAUCCUGACUUUGUACUCCAGCAUGCAGAUGCUCGCCGUCUGCUGCCUCUUCACGCCUACCAGCACGUGAAAUCUUGCCGCACUCCUAGUGAAAAAGUGACAGAGCUUUUGGAUCACGUCAUACAGAGAGGUCCCGAAGCAGCAAAAGAACUACUGGAGCUUUUCAAGGAUAACGCCUUGCAAGAAACCUUCCCAAGGCUUGACUUUAUUAACAAACUGAAAGUCAACACACGGUCCUCGGGGGGGAAAGAAACCUCAGAAAAAAGAAAACAAGCGCCUGAGAUACCAGAUGUCAUUCCAAACAAAAGGAUCUGCAACAAUGGCUCUGGCAUGGUGAGUGAGAAACAGCUGAUGUCUGUGGCCCGUACCAUCGGCAAAUCUUGGAGGGCGAUUGGCAGAGAAGCUCUGGAAAUCUCAUCUGUAAAACUGGAGCAAAUCGAAGAGGACCAUAAUCUCCAUGUGGAGCGAGUCUUUGCCAUGCUGCGUCACUGGCGUAACUCACAGAGGGAAAAAGCCACACCCACUCAACUGCAUUCACUUCUCAGUCAGGGAGAGUGGAUGUUGCCACCUGAAAGCAUCGACUUCCUGUUGAAGACUGACUGAUUACUUGCUUGGAGUAUAAAGGAAAUGUUUUUACUGACAAGUCAGAUCAUAAAUAUCAGGGCUUAAACAAGAACAAGAUUUUAUUGUUUACUACUCUGCAUUUAGCACUACUGUACUUUAUACUGUACAUUUUUAAAUGAUGCAUUAACAAUUAUCGUAGGAAAGUCAUAGAAGUUUUGCCUCAUGAAAUCUCUUACAAGAGUUGCUUUUAUGUCUGUUUUCUGUUGUGGUAUCUGUAGUAUGAUUUUUAUUCACCUUUCAUUUGAGAAGAUAAUGAAAAGCAAGCUGUACUUACUUCAUUUGAACGGUAUUUUCUUUUUAUGUUGGGAUUAUUCAUCUUAGGGAUGAAGCUCAGCGGUCCACAUGAAGCAGCAGAGAAAAGAACAUUUUCAAAACUCUUUCAUGGAAAACAUCUGCAAAGGACAGAAGCAGGAGAACCUUAGUACCACUUGAAAUAACUCUUUGUAAUUGUUGUAUUACUCGUUCAACUGCCAUAAAAUAAACAAUAUUUUAUUUUUAAUUUUUUAACCAGUGUUUAAGAAUUGAGCCACUGCAAAUGGGGCACAGAUGACUGGACAGAAAAUGGUGUGAAAUCGAGUUGAAGGCUGAUAAACUGGUGUGUAAAUGUUUGGGGGUUUUUUGGUAUUUGAAUUUAAUCACCAGAGUAACCAGAUCAGCAAGUUCAGCCACAGACGAAAGCAUCACUGAAUGUCCCAGAAACAUAAGAGACUAUAUAAAUCCUUUUCUUUUUUUUGCUUUUUUUUACCCCUCAGCCAUAAAAGAAUGAUGGGGUAAUGCUGUCACCCCACUGGUACGUGUUGAUUACAUCAGUUACAUUUUUCUCAGUGCUGGCUGACAUUUGCAUUGACGAACAGUUGAACGGGUGUACCUAUUGAGGUGGCUGAUGACCGUACAUUCAUCCUUGACUAGCUGCAAACUUCUCCUAAACGUUAGCUGUUGCUGCUCAUUAAAAAGGUAAAUAAAUAAAAAUCACAGCUGGAAGAAGAAAAGAAGCCAUAACUGGGAACAAAGCAAUCCUAGGAGUUCUUUUCUGCAAAGCUAUGAAGGUUUUCUGUCUGAGCAAUCUGGGAAUCGCUUUGCUCCUGCAUUGAUGUUUCAUAGAGUUUCUGUAGAGGCUGACUUGUGUCUUUUAAGAUUCAUUCACCUUCUCAUGCAUAUCAGAGCAGAUAUACAGCCUCUAUUGCAUAACACUCCAUAACUCAUCACAGUAAAACGACUGCCUUUAACAAUGUUCACCCACAAGCUAAUCUGAUGCUCUUUGUUGUGAACUGAUGAGAAUCAUUUCAUGAAUCCACAAAAGUUUUAUCCAUUAAAGUGCUAUACAUGACUUAUGACUUACUAAAGCAUAUUGACCUUCUAAAAAUGAACUUUUGUGAGCCCAUAAAUCACAGUUGAGUGUAUGUGUGUGCCCCAUUGUCUUUUCUCAGCUCAGAUAACAUUAACUAGAAGUGUGGGACAAAGGUUGCCUCCCUCCCUCUCUUGCCACCUUACCUUUGCUUUGUAGCCAUUUUCUGCAGUCUGGUUUCAGAGCAGCACAAACCCGUCUCCAUUCUCAGCACAUAAGAGAUAAUGGAACAAGCUAGUCUCCGUGACCUGAAUGAGCCUCUCAUCGACCAUGCUGAAGGCCAGUUCUUCUUAAAUGAAGCCUUCAAAAUUAUUAUGGAGGAAGUGCUCUCCAAUGGCACAGAUGUCAAACAGAAGGUUUGUGAGUGGAAAGAGCCCGAGGAGCUGGCUCUGCUCCUGGAUUUGGGGGUGAGAGAGACAGGAGAGCCACGGGACAAGCUCCUCCAGAGAGUAAGAGAUGUUGCCAAGUACAGCGUCAAAACAAGUCACCCACAUUUUUUUAAUCAACAGUACGGUGGGGUGGACUAUCAUUCCUUGGCUGGAAGAUUCCUCACUGAGGCUCUCAACACUAAUCUCUUCACCUAUGAGGCAGCCCCAGUCUUUGUGCUGAUGGAGAACGAGGUCCUCAGGGGCCUACGUCAGCUGGUUGGUUGGACAGAGGGUGAUGGGAUUUUCUGUCCGGGGGGCUCAACCUCCAACAUGUAUGCCAUGAACCUCGCACGCUAUCAACGCUUCCCAGAGGUCAAAAGCCAAGGGGUGUGGGCUCUCCCACGGCUAAGCAUCUUUACAUCUCCAGAGAGCCAUUACUCUGUAAAGAAAGGCGCUGCAUUUCUGGGGAUUGGUUUGGACAACAUCAUCUUUGUGAAAGUGGACGACAGAGGUCGUCUGAUUCCAGAGGAUCUGGAUGAAAAAAUAGAGCUGUCCAAAUCUCAGGGUGCAGUCCCAUUUCUUGUAAGCUGCAUGUCAGGGACCACAGUGCAGGGUGUGUUUGACCCGCUGGAUCACAUAGCUGAUAUUUGUGAUAAACACAAGCUGUGGAUGCAUGUAGAUGCUUGCUGGGGAGGGAGCGUGCCUUUUUCUAAGAAACACAGACAUCUGAUGAAAGGAGUUGACAGAGCAAAUUCAGUAGCAUGGAAUCCCCACAAGAUGCUGGUGGCUGGCCUGCAGUGUUCUGCUUUACUCCUGAAGGACACCACGAAUUUGUUGAAACAGUGCCACAGUGCCAAUGCCACAUACCUCUUCCAGCAAGAUAAGUUCUACGAUGUGAACCUGGACAUUGGGGAUAAGUCUGUGCAGUGCAGCCGCAAGGUGGACUGUCUGAAGCUGUGGUUGAUGUGGAAAGCUGUUGGCUCCAUGGGCUUAGAAGAGCGUGUAGACAAGGCUUUUAUUCAUGCAAGAUAUCUGGUGGAGCAGAUGAAGAAAAGAGAGGGGUUCCAGCUUUUGAGCAUGCCAGAGUUUGUGAAUGUCUGCUUCUGGUUCAUACCACCGAGUUUGAGAGGGAAGGAAGGAACUGAAGAUUACCAGGAGAAACUGGCAAAAGUAGCUCCUGUCAUCAAGGAACGUAUGAUGAAGCAAGGCACUAUGAUGGUCGGCUACCAGCCUUUGGGAAACAAGGUCAACUUUUUCCGUGUGACUGUAUUCUCUCCCCUACUGUCCCAGAAAGACAUGGACUUCUUCCUUGAUGAAAUUGAAAGACUUGGAAAGGACCUGUGACAAAGCCCAUAAGUGAACACCUUGCCCUUCAGAAAAUGUGAUUGUGCGUUUAAUGCUGGUCAUUGUAAUUUUACAAAUAACAACAAACAAGUCAAAUUGUGUUCAUUUCAAUAUCUGAUUUCCUAGAUUCCAACAGCUGUUAAAUAAAUAAAUAAAGGUUACUUGGUAUUACAAACUUUAUAUCACCAUGUUCUUUAUUGUAAAGGAGUUUAAAACAUUUUUGGCAAAUGCCUACCCUUUACAUUUUAUACCUAACUAAUUACUGAUUUUUAUUAUUUUUUUAUUGAUUCCAAGAAAAAUGAUUGGGGGCUUUUGUUUUGUUUUUUGUUUUUACUCAGAAAAGCAGUUCAGGGUCACAAUGUCUUUCUGUAAGUGUAAUGUACAACAAACAAUAAAACAAAUCGUCACCUCUGA